ACCUGUAGCAGACGACCCAGCCCUCUGAGUCUGAGUCACCAGCAGCGUCAUCAAGAUGGCCGCGUCGACGAGCGGCGGGUUCACGGAAGAGCUCAUCUGCUCCGUGUGUCUGGAGACCUUCAACACGCCCGUCCUCCUGCCCUGCGCUCACUCCUUCUGCCGGCAGUGUCUCUUCAACGUGCACGAGCGGAGCAGAUCAAAGCCACAACCUAAUGGGGGUCAAAAUAACGGCAACAACGCGAUAAACAGCGCCGGUAAUAACAACAAUAACAACAACAGCAAUAACAACGGGACCAAUACAGCGCCCGGCACUUCGGAAGCGCAGAGGAGAAAUGACGGCGUUCUGGUGUGCCCUCAGUGUCGUCUGGAGAUCAAACUGGGACCCGAGGGAAUCGCCGGCCUGCCCAAGAACACGUCUCUAGCCAACAUCAUCAUGAGCGUGGAGGAAGAGAAGAAAGCCAACAACAUUCUGUGCGAGGUUUGCGACGACGAGCCGGCGAGAGUGGCCUCCAAGAAGUGUUCCGAUUGCUCCGUGACAUAUUGCGUGACGUGUUUCCGGCAGCUUCAUCCAAUGAGGGGCGCCUUCAAGUACCACGUGAUCAAGGAGGCGAACGCACCAAUCAACAGAUGCGCCUCUCCGGUGUUUGACGUGAGGGCGGGGCGGUUCACUCCGUCACGUGAUGGGUAUGGGACGGACGGGGCGGAGUCAGGGGAUGACAGUGGUGUCUACAGUCAGCGCCAUGAGGCAGUCCGCCAGUGUCUGGCCCUGUCCAGCGAGGUCAAAGCCCAGACCCUGACCCUUGACCUUCUGGAGGACCAGGUCAAUGACAUCAUAGCGGUCACCGCCGUGCACACUGGCACUGACGUCACCAACGAUGUGGAGGCUCUGAAGGAAAAGCUUCAAGGCCAGGUUCAGCCCCACCACGUGUCACAAACGUAUCGCGGUGUCGGCCUCCAGAGACGAGGUGGUCCACAGGAAGUGCAAACUGUCGAACCUACACAACGCGUGUGCCGCCACCACCAGCUUCCAGCGCCUGGAACACAUAGAGGGCGCCAUCGCAGACGAAGCCCUGCCCCUCCUCCCCCACCUUUACUGGGAGGCCAUCAUCCACUUCCGGGUGUUCGGCAAAUUGGGCAACUCCAAGCUCCUCUGUGACCUUGGCGUGGUGAAGCAGGGCUGCGAGGACGGCUCCAGUCUGCUGUGCGACAACUUCAAGUCUUACUGCUCGUACCUCGUGCGCCGACAGAACAAGGUCACUCUCGAGUUCUGGAACGGUCCGGACCGAGAGAUCCUCCCUCGGAGUAUCCCCGUCCUCGACCUGGACAACGACCAGGAGAAGACGAUCAAACUGGCGUUCUACUUGGAUGCGCUCAAGAGGAAGCUGGCCAUCGUGAGUCCUGGCAACAACUCGGUGCUGUGCCAGUUCAACGUCCGCUUCCCCUCGCUGGUGCCCAUGUGCGGGCUCUACUGUUUCGACCAGGUCUACGUCAUGGUCAAGUUCACAGAGCCGCAGAAGAUCCCCAACGUUCUGAGCAAGCUGAUGAAACAAAGCACGUAACACAGAGCCGCAGAAGAUCCCCAACGUUCUCAGCAAGCUCAUGAAACAAACCAUGUAAAGAAA